UAAACAUUGGAUAAGGAUUAGUAUGCAUUUUAUCAAUUCGUAGUUUAUUCGUCUCUUAGCAGAGGCAUGCCGUCGUCUGCAUCAGCCCCGGCCUCUCCUCCGUCGGCGUCUCAUUCUCAGAAUUCUGCUACUCAUUCUUCCCCUCCGAAACAUUUGGCCGAUGCUGCAGCCACCAGUAAUGACGGACUUCUUGAUGCGGAGGAGAAGAAACCGGAUUUGUCGGAUCAAUUCGAAGACUUUGAUGAUUUUAAUUCCACUGAGAAGUUCAAGAAAUAUGAAGCUGACUACGCUCAACGGCUAAUGGCCAAAUACUUUUCAAAGAAAAACCUAUAUGGAGGAAACAUCUUCGAAGAGAAAACAACAAUAGACGAUGAGAUUAUAAAGUCGAGCAAGUGGCCUUGUACGCGGUCGUAUGCGGACCCUUUGCGGGGUUUUGAAGAUCACCGGAGCAGCUGUUCAACAUCGACCACGGACAACCAUGCUACAAUUUCAAAUGGGAAGCAUGCAGUGAAGAAGAAUGGAUGAUGUUUCGGAAUGAAAGAAAGAUGAAACCUCCUCUCUCUCAAACGUUAGUUGGUUUGGGGGAAACGACAUAUGAUAUUCUGUAGCCCAUUUAAAUUAUUUUAUAUCCUUUUUUUUUAACUAAAAACAUAGUAAUGUAGCAAUUGCUUUCAAUGGUAAUAUGUUUUUAUA